UCCACGUUAGUUUAGCGAUUUCUACAGUUUGUAGUGGACAGAUGUGAAAUCUCACGGGGAAAUCCAAAUCCAUACCAUUAUAUCUCUUCUUCCUCUAUUAUAUCGUCUUUUUCUUUUUUUUACUCUUUGAUAACUGCAUCUCCAGACUGUGAAAGAGAAAAAGUUGGCAAAGAGGAGGAAGCCACAUAUGUUCUAGCUCUGGGCCUGCCAUUGAUACACAGAGGAAAUCAUUGAAAAUCUCUUGUGAGAGAUAGAGAAACCAGUUUGUGAGAUUCGGAAAAACCGAAGUUGCAUCUUUUUUCCCCCCCUCUCGACGGCCUUGUGCCCUUCUACGGGCGGCCCACCCUAUACUUUGCUGUGGAAAUUGGAGAAGACAACGAGCGCCGUCAUAAGCCGGAAGUGCCCGUAAGGACGGCGACAGAGUGUGUUGUUCUUUCUCAGAAAGGCGCAAUUUAUUUUGGAAACAAUCUGCGAUGCCACUGGCGUGUGUUUUGUUUCCGAAGACCUAUUUCGAUUGGUGCCGGAGGUUUCCGAUUUCGCGACAGCCUCCUCCCCAGAGCAGGGGAGUAACUGCUGACGUCAUCUCAGGCAGGCCGUGCGGGGGAUGUCAUCGCCCGGCGACGACGGUGGUGCCCACGUGGGUCCGGCUGCAGGCAUGGCAGCUGCAAAAAGUGCGAGUCCCACGCCGACCCUGGCCGUCCGUGGAGACCUUGUGGUCGUUACCGGCGGGACUAACCUCUUGGCGGUGCGUUCCAAAGAAGCGAGUGACGACCUUUUCAUCUAUAACUGCACUACAGCAAGCAAGAAGCCUCAAGAGAAUCAAGGAAAUUGGAAAAUCACCGAGUAAAACAACUCACGAUAUUCUAGCUUGUGCAUUUUCUGUAUCUGGAACAUACUUCGCUCUGACUAAUGACAGCAAACAACUCAUUCUUUUUCGUACAAAGCCUUCUUGGGAAUGUCUCAGUAUAAGGUCUGUUGUCAGAAGAUGUACGUCCCUCAUUAUAACAGCAGCAGAAGAUAAGAUUCUGGUUGCUGACAAAUCUGGUGAUGUCUAUUCUUACUCAAUCACAGAUCCAGAAAACUCAGGAACCAUUGAACUUGGGCACUUGUCUCUUCUGUUGGAUGUGGCUUUGAGUCCUGAUGAUCAGUAUAUCCUUACUGCUGACCGCGAUGAGAAGAUACGUGUUAGUUUGACUAGAGCCCCACAUAACAUUGUCUCCUUUUGCCUGGGACACCGAGAAUUUGUCAGCAGAAUAUUUGUAAUACCAAACUACCCGGAUCUCCUCUUAUCAGCUUCUGGGGACUGUACACUGAGGCUCUGGGAGUAUAAACAUGGGAAGGAAGUUUAUUGCUAUAAUCUGAGUACUUUGUACACACAUGAAGCCACAAAAAAUGAUAAGAAGUACACAGUUUCAAAGAUAUCUUAUUACUCUGAAGGAAGCUACAUCGCUGUUUUGUAUGACUGUAUUCCCACAGUAUCUAUCUUCCAGCUGGAUGCUGGUGCUCAGAACCUCAGAUGCCAACAACACAUCUCCUUGAAUCACAAAGGCUGGGAUGUUGCCUUUGAGGAAACAGGUGGACUCUGGGUUCUGCAGGAGAGCAUGCAAACACCUCUGCUCUUCUACCAGCAUUUGGAUGGGCAGUGGCAGCCUGAUACUGAGGAGAAAGCUUUGAGGAAAAUGUCGAAAUAUAUAUAUGACAACUGGACAGUUUUUGAAGGCUGUGUUGGCAGAGAAAGCGGCUAUCAAAAUCUCUACAAGGCUUCUUUUGAUAACAUGGCUGUUUACCUUCAAAAGAAAGAAGAGAGACUUGAGCAGCAGAAAAAUAAGAGAAAGGACUUGCAGCCUGAAUCAAAUGGAGAGAUGAAGAAGAUCCGAAAAGGAGCACCAUCCUUAUGAUGCUCAUUAGACCAAAACCAACAACAACAAAAAAGCAUUGUGGCUUGUAAGGCACUGAAAGAAAUUGCCUAGAGAAGUGAAUCCUCUUCUGAGAACAUUGUGGUGGUGCACCUCAACAGGUACAACUGCAUUACGUUCAUUUGGCAAACAAUGAUUUAUUCAAAUGAAAUUGCCUAUUGGACAAGCCAACCAGUUUCAUUUCUGGAGUGGCGCCUUCACGGUGGGACAACUUUCUCAGAAAAAGGGUCUGAUUGGAAGAGAUGAAGCUGACUCGUAUAAUAGAAGACAUGUUAUAAGAAUUACUUCUGAAAUUCUUUCAUCUGCAACACUUAGCUUGAACAUUUUAAUAUUUACAGUGCAAAACUAAGGGAUUUGAUGGCAUGAAUUCUGUUCUGCAACUUGAAUCUGCUCCAUGAGAAGGCAAUAAAUAAGGAAACUUGUCAACCAA